GAAUAAAAGAGAGAUGCAGGGUUAGGAUAACAGACAGAAAAAAGGAGACAGAAUGCCAGGCAGUCAAAGAGAAGGCCAUCAUAAGACAUUUUAUUACCUGAGGCAAAGAUGGUACUCCCUCCUACAGAUGACAAGAGUCUGCACAGCCGGUGGUUAGAAUUUCUUCAGUUCUUGGGAUAGGCGAGUGUUCUCGGACACAUCUGAGUCAGAAGGCUAGUUUGGACAGGGGAAGGAUGGCUUUUGUGAAAUACAGUAUAUAGUUCUGGCUUCCAAAAAAGGUGUCACUGCUGCCGGCAGGUAUCAGCCAGCUGAUCCGAUUUCUUCGCUCUAUCUAAUGGUGGGGCUGGCCUUGGUGAGUGAGUAUGUAAGAGGGAGGAAGAGAAAGAAAACAUGUGUUGAAAAGCCUCUUACAUAAUGCAAGAAAGGCUCAAUUCACACAAGCCCUUUUGAAUUGGCUGAGAGCUGCUUUUAAGCCAAACACGAAUGCACCUAUGCUUCUGGGGCCACCAACUGUUGCAUGUGCCUUGUGGCUGAUGACCAGAGGUGCUGCAACAAAGCCAGUUCAGUUCCAGUUCUGCCACUUGUUUAUCAAAGUAGUGGACCUAGAAAUAAACAAGGUGGUGUUAGGACCCAGCAGCAUGUCCCAGGUGGCAGCAGCAGUUUGGUGUUUCAACUUUCCCUAGUUCUAUUUAAAGACUUUCCUGAGUCAGGAGAGCUGAGCUGCAGUGGGUAACAACAGUUUGCUUCGGGCAACUCUGGAGACUCUUGAGGAGAGGGGAAAAAACACAGAAAGAGGACAAAAUGGAGACUGACUGCAACUCCGUGUAUGAUGGGUCACCCGAUGUCUCUGUGGAGGAGGAGGAGGAAGAAGAAGAAGUUGAAGCCCAAGGACACCGGCUCACUAGCAGCAGUUUAAAAAAGCUUAACCAGAAUGAAGAGGUGAAAUCCAAGUUGUCUGAUGCUAUCGAUACCAUACAAAGUGAAGACAGUGGACUGCCAUGGGAAACCAGUUCAAGUAGAUGUUCUACUUCCCUGGCCUCAGAGACUAGCGCUACAUCUGGUAUUUACAGCAUGGAAAACUCAUACACAUUUCCAAUGGAUGAUGGAAAGACCACCCAGAAAAUAAGAAAUAACUCUCCAGACCAGGCACCUUUGUCCCCCGAUGAGAACAUAGACCCAGUGAGUAAAAAAUAUGACGUUUCCAGCAGGCCCGUGCAAACCAAGGUUUCAGGAGCAGAAUUAGAUCCUGCUGAUCCUCAGUCAUGGCCUUUUCAAGUACAACCUUCAAAAAUUAAAGACUAUUUAGUACAAAUCACACAGGAAGUUGAGACUUCAGUGCCAGAGGAAAAAGAAAAUGCUUUGAUGAGAAAGGGGGAGCUGCCUCUCAAAGGAACAGUAAGGGCCAGAAUUCAGCAAAUCACAGCAGUUUUGGAAGAGAGAAAUAAAAAGAUUUUCCGGAGGAUAAACCAAAAAGAUGUGCCUCCUCCUUCAGAUGUAAUCAGGAAGCCAAGAGAGCAACUCAAAGUAUUCCCCAGGCAUGGCAUCUCUGUUUCUUUAAGACAUAUUGAACGAGAUCCCCCAGAUAAACAUAGGAAGAAGGAAAUUCUUUCUUAUAACCUCAGGCACGUGGAGACCAAUAUUUCAAAGUCUGGCUAUAACAAAGACGAGAAGCGAGUGCGACAAUCUUUUCCAACUGAAACUGUAAGUAAUACUUCAGAAAGGUUACCAACAAUUUCAUCUCUCCAGGCUAACAAAGCAAGGAAGCCAGAGUCCAAAUUACAUUCACCUGGAGCUCAAACUUCAGCUCCAGAAAAAGCAAUCUUCACUCUUCCAAAUCGUCACAAGAAAAUGGAGGAAGAAGAAAAGCAGCCUCUUCUUGAUGGGACAGCCAUUGUCAUGCCAAAAAAGUCAUUCAAUCUCAUUGCGGAAAUAGAGGAACAGAACAUGCAGAAUUAUUCAUCAGUGACUAAAGAGGUUAUUGAUAUAGGAGAAGCAUCAAAGGCUCUACCAGAAAGGGAGACAGCUCAGUUUCAUCUGCCUGUUUCUGCUGAACCACCUUCUUCCCCUCAACAAGAAGAAAAGCCUGAUACAACUGUUACUGUGAUAUCAGAACCAGCCACUCAUGAUGGGCUUUAUCUCAAUAAUACUGCAGCUGCACAGCCUGAGUCAGAGCAAUCUGUUUUACCUGAUGCUAGAAAUCAAGAUUCCGAAUUUGCAGUUCCUUCACAACUGGAGAUCAAAGAUGUAGCCUUGUUGCAUUCUGCUGAAGAAACGGGCAAACAAAACAUUCCUCUUGACUCACCUGGAACUGCAGGGUCUUUGUAUGAACAUGAAGAAUUGCUAUCUCCUGCUGACGCAGCCAAAAAAGAGGAGCUAGAAUUAAGCUACUCAAAAAAAGAAGAGGGACAAGAACAGCUGUCUAUGCUUUUACAAGCAGAGAGAGAACCUGUGCACUCAGUGAAAGAACCAGAAGUUGGGGAAACGGGCAUCAUCCCUGAUUUAGCUGUUAGCAGAACCGAAACACAGGAAUCCCAGAGCAAUUUGAAUCAAACUGCAGAAGAGCACCUGCGACUUCCACAGCCCUCAUAUUUAAUGGAUGAAGUGCAGAAGAAAGAAAACAAGCACCUGGAAACAGAUGUGACAGAGCAAGUCACUCAGGCAGCGAGACCUGUGCUCACAACACUAGAAGCAGGACAGGCAGAUGUGUCAUCUUCAAAAGGCAAAGCAGAGAAGGCGACAGCACUUGUGGAGAGUUCCGAGGUACCACCAUCUGUUUCUGAUACACACAGAGAAGAAAUCGACCAACUCUUUGCAGCAGUUUCACAGUCAGAAAGCCAGCACCCCAUUAUCUCUGAAACUACAAAGGCACCAGAGGUAUCAGAUCGUGCAGAGCUGUCAGUUUUCAAAGAUGAAGAAGUAGGCUCAUACUCUGCAGCUGAAACACCGGAUUCAUCUGAGCAGCUGCCAUCUAGUUCAUCUCAUCUCGUUGAAAAUAAGGAAAAGCAGGACAUUCUGCCACCUUCACUAGUAAUAGCAACAUCAUUGUCAGAACAGCUGAAGUCUAUUUUACCAUGUGCUGCUGAGACAGUGGAGAAACAAGGCCACAUCCCUUAUUCUCCUGAGACAGUUCCUGUCAUGGCAGAACCAACAGAGAAGCCAGGCCAUGUCCCCUAUUGUCCUGAGACAGUUCAUGUGAUGGUAGAACAAGGCCCUUUGUCUUAUUCUCCUGAGACAGUUCCUGUCAUGGCAGAACCAACAGAGAAGCCAGGCCAUGUCCCCUAUUGUCCUGAGACAGUUCAUGUGAUGGUAGAACAAGGCCCUUUGUCUUAUUCUCCUGAGACAGUUCCUGUCAUGGCAGAACCAACAGAGAAGCCAGGCCAUGUCCCCUAUUGUCCUGAGACAGUUCAUGUGAUGGUAGAACAAGGCCCUUUGUCUUAUUCUCCUGAGACAGUUCCUGUCAUGGCAGAACCAACAGAGAAGCCAGGCCAUGUCCCCUAUUGUCCUGAGACAGUUCAUGUGAUGGUAGAACAAGGCCCUUUGUCUUAUUCUCCUGAGACAGUUCCUGUCAUGGCAGAACCAACAGAGAAACAAGACCUUCUACCAUAUUCUCUAGAGACGGCAACAGUUGUAUCAGAACAAACAGAGAAACAAGGCCCUCAGCCUUGUUCUCCAGAAACAGCUCCUGUCAUGACAGAGCCAACAGAGAAAGAAGGCCCUCUAUCCUAUUCUCCUGAGACAGCAUCACUUGUGACAGAACCAACAGAGAAGCCAGGCCAUGUCCCCUAUUCUCCUGAGACAGUUCAUGUGAUGGUAGAACAAGGUCCUUUGUCUUAUUCUCCUGAGACAGUUCCUGUCAUGGCAGAACCAAUGAAGGAACAAGGCCCUCUACCUUAUUCUCCAGAGCCAGCACCAGUUGUAACAGAACCAAUGGAGAAACAAGGCCUUCUACCCUUUUGUCCUGAGACAGCUCCUGUCACGGCAGAACCAACGGAGAAACAAGACCUUCUACCAUAUUCUCUAGAGACGGCAACAGUUGUAUCAGAACAAACAGAGAAACAAGGCCCUCAGCCUUGUUCUCCAGAAACAGCUCCUGUCAUGACAGAGCCAACAGAGAAAGAAGGCCCUCUAUCCUAUUCUCCUGAGACAGCAUCACUUGUGACAGAACCAACAGAGAAGCCAGGCCAUGUCCCCUAUUCUCCUGAGACAGUUCAUGUGAUGGUAGAACAAGGUCCUUUGUCUUAUUCUCCUGAGACUGUUCCUGUCAUGGCAGAACCAAUGGAGAAACAAGGCCUUCUACCCUUUUGUCCUGAGACAGCUCCUGUCAUGGCAGAGCCAACAGAGAAAGAAGGCCCUCUAUCCUAUUCCCCUGAGACAGCAUCACUUGUGACAGAACCAACAGAGAAGCCAGGCCAUGUGCCCUAUUCUCCUGAGACAGUUCAUGUGAUCGUAGAACAAGGUCCUUUGACUUAUUCUCCUGAGACAGCUUCUGUCCUGGCAGAACCAAUGAAGAAGCAAGGCCCUCUACCUGAGUCUCUUGAGACAGCUCCUGAUGUAUCAGAAGCAACAGAGAAACAAGGUCAUCUAUGUUAUGUUCCUCAGACAGCUCCUGUGUUAGAAGAAACAUUGGUUGUUAUCCAAAAUGAUGAAGUCAUAAAAGGAGGAAUCCAGCCUGUGUUGCCCACAGAAGUUAUCUCAGAAGAAGUGUCUCUGUCAAGGGAGCCAGAUGUUGCCACAGAGAGAAAAACAGUGCCGGUUGUUUCACCUCUGUCUCCUGCAAAACAUCCAAGUGAUGCAUCCGUGCCAUCUCAAGAAGAAGUGAAGUCAGAAAGCCAACUCUGUCCACCUAUAAAUGGAAAGCUAAGCCCUGUGGAUGAAGAGGAAUCCCAUUCGAUCAUAUACUCAGGCCUGCAAAAACAUCAAUUCCCUUCACUUGCAACAACCUUAUUUGGGCUGGAUCAUUCAGCUGAAUCUGAAUCAAGCAAGCAAAGUAUGAAAAGAGAUUCCUCUGUACUUUCACAAUUAGCAGAAGCUACUACACUACCUCCUCUUGAUGAAGCAGAUAAAAAAGUUAUAAAUCUUGACAAGCCAGAGCUUUUGAAUACAGAUUCACUGCACCCUGCUUAUGUGCUGGAAGAACAAGAGAAGGCACAGAUGGCUGUUGAAGAAACUACUGAGCAGCUAUCACAUUCAAGUUUAUCAACAGAAGCAGAUAUAUUGCACCCAGCUGAAGAAACAAAGAUAAAUGGGAUCCUGCCUCAUUUGCCUGCAACUGUGGAAGACUUAUGCCGGCCAGUUCAUUUGGUGGAAACACAAGAGGAUCAAUAUUUUUCAAAAGGAACUGCAGUCCUAGAUUCUGAAAUAGAGAAAUGUGAUUCUACAGAAACACAAUCAAAAGAUAGCACAAGGCAAGCUAUUCAGGUUGGAAUGCCAGAGUUUGAGGCAGAGUAUCAAAAUGUCUCUGUAUCAGCAGCUACAUCAGGAAAACCUAUGGAUGAGUCUUUCCCAUUUGCAAGUACAGAAAGAGAAGACCUUCUGAUACAUAGGUCUGCGAUUACAGAAUUGGUAAGUGAACAACCUGCUUCAUCAGAAAGAGAGCGGGAAGACAUUAAGCUUUACUCAGUUAUAAGUCCAGCAUCAAAAGCUGAGUGUCCUGUUGAUGGUCUAGAGACACAGGACAGGCAGGACUUUUCUUGUGAUGCAUUAAAUGAGGCAUCUGAACCAUAUCCAUUAAUUUCAUCAUUGGUUCCCGAUCAAAUAAGAGAUCAGGGAGUAUUGACAGAAUCCCAAUUAAUGUCACCACCAAACUCAGAGCAGUCAGUCUUCACUUCAUCAGACGUUAGGGGCAAAGAUGAGAAACAAGAAAAUCAGUUUCCUAUAAGUCCAAAAAUGGAAGAAGCACAGUCUUUUACAAGUCUCCUUAUUGGUAAAGCUAGAACAGAGCUACCUUAUUCUAUCAUGGCCUCAGAGGCUGUGCAAGAGCUAUCAAGGUCCAUUCCAGAAGAUGUUGUUUCCAGAGAUGCAAAUGAUAUGGCUCCUCAAUCCUCACUGUUAUCUGCAGUCCAACUUUCUGAUAAAAUUAUUUCACCCUAUGCUGCUGCUGAAGGAGAAAAAGAAGAGCAGACUCCUUUGCUUUUGAAUGAAGAGCUAAAGUCAACCAAAGAGAUCAGGAAUCAAGACAGUCAUCUGUCUUUACCAUCCAUGGUACCACCAGAAUCCCAAGAGCAGGAACCAUUGUAUUAUGAGGAAGAAGGUAGGAAGCAAGAAAGGACAAAACUGGAAACAGAAAUUUCAAAGGAGCAAGAUGUUGCACAAGAAUCAUCUAUCCUGCAACAGGAGCUGGAACACCUAAAUUUACUGCAACCAGCAAAGGAAUCACAGAGACAAAGCAUUCAGCCUUACCCUUCUGCAGCUGCACAAGAUUCAUGCCAGCCAAUUGAUACAAGAACAGAACAACAGCAAGAUUCCUUGUCUGAAACAACAGUAGUUGAAACUGCAGCUGCUGAGUCAUCAGAAUCAAUAUGUGAAGGAAAGGUAGAAGAAAUUCAGGCAGUAUGGUUUGAUAGUGCUCAGUUAGAACAUAAACCAGCUGUUUUGUCAGCAGAGGAAAGCGGAAAUGCCUCCAAUCCACUCAUAGCUGCAGCAUUGGACCUGGAACAUUUGGAUUCAUCAUAUUCCAUAGAAACACCGUUCUUUUUACCCGAGGCACAAAAUCAGCCCUUAGAGCAGAAGCCAUCAGUCUCCCCUCUUCUCAUGAAAAAAAUGGAGGAACAAGAAGUAAGUUCACACCCAUCAGACGUCUCAGCAGCAACUGCAUUAAGCCAGUCCACCUCUGCUCUGGUGGGUGCACCUGAAGAAGAAGAAAAACGUAAGCCUCAUCCUCACUCCCCUGAAGUAGAAGACAUGGUGUCCCUUGCUGCAUUCCUCAUUUCAGAGGCAAACACAAUCUGUACAUCUUCUCCUCUGACCACAGAGAAAGAAAACCUAGACACUCAGACUCCUUUUGCGGAAGCUGGUUUGUUGACAAAAAGAUCAGGAAGUGCUUUUACUGCUCCUUCUGAGAUAAGUAAAACUGUUGAGGAAAAAACUGAGUCUCCCACAACACCUUUUGAGUCAGAACAGUUUGCUCACAAGCCUGAAGCAGAUGCUACUUCAAGAUGUUUUGUUCAGGAUAGAACGGACAUCAUCUCUGAUAUGCCUGCACUGCCUCCUAGUUUCAUCCAGAAUGAGUUUUCCAAAGCUAUUGUAUCAGAGUCCAUAAAUGACACUCAUGUACACAAUUUUCAUUCCUCAGUGAGCUAUAUAGCCUCUGAGACAAUGGCCAACAAGGAUGUAAUUCAUGCUGAAGAUCUUGCAAAGACAGAAGUAGAAAAAUGUUUUCCUCAUGCAGAGGAAACUUUUAAAAAAGAAAAGAAGAGUAGAGACCAUGAAGACUUGAAAGAAUUCAUACUUGCUCCUGAAGUCAGUCAAGCAAAAGAAAAGGUUGAUAUUUCUGAAAGUUAUGAGGUAGUAAGUAUUGAUGUUUCUCCAUUCAUUUCUUCUGUUGGUAUGGAAGAAGACACAAGUGCACGAGAGAAAUUAGAAUACUUGGAAAUAGCUUCAUCGCUGAGAGCAAAACCAGUGGAUGAUGCUGGAGAUGUGACCAUUGACAAUGAACCUUCAGUGUGUAAACCAAGUGGAAAAACCCUAGAAGGCUUAAAAGCAGAGGAUCAUGAAUAUAAGGAAAAGGAAUCAAAGGUGUGCAUUGGAAAAAGUGGUGUCCAGGAAAGUAUAGAAAUCAAUUUGGAUGUGCCUGUCGAUCUGGAAAACCAAGGUGGUGAUAUUUCGCAACCCACCAGUACUGAUUACACUGAAAAGUUUAUCUUGAUUGAUGACACUUCUGUCACCCAGACGGGAGAAGAGAAGUCUGUUGAGGAAGUACAGAGUUCAUCUGAGAUUAAAAAUGAAAAGCUGGAGGAAAUUCCAUCUUCAGCAGCAGGAUCAGAAAAUAUUAUGGACUUUUCUCUGUUAGAAAGAAGUGAUGCCUUCCAAGGAGUGGCAAAGGAAAAAAAUGUAGUAGUUGCACAUGAAGAUGCUUCAGAGGAAUCAGAUAAGGAUAAAAUAGUUGAUACUGUUAGGGAAAAUGGUAAAAAAACAGAGGAUGAAUUAAACGUAGCAGAUGCUAGUAUACCCUUACCUAGCCCCAAAGAAGAUGAAUUACCUCAGUCUUUCUUAAUUCCCUUGCCAGCUACUACAGCAAAAUCUGAUGAUCUAGAGGUGCCACCUGCUUUGGUUUUUUUAUAUAAUGAUUUCUACAAAGAAGCAGCAGGAGAAUCUAAAGAUGAGAGAUCCACAUGUCCAUCAGAUGUGGGAACUGUUUAUACUGAUCUUCCUACUCAUAUUGGAGACCAUGCUUCAGAUGAUCAAGCCAGUAUAUUACCUGAAAAGGACAUUUCUGAAGGUCAUACUCCAAGCAGUCUGAAAGAAACACAGGAUGAACUAGAAGACCAGCCUAUUAAUGAACAAGCUUUAAGUCAAAGUGUGUAUGAAAGAAAUAAGGAGGGUCAUGAGUUUGAUCACGUUCUAACUGAUACACAUGCUCAAACAGAAGUCUUGGAACCAUCAAAAAUUGGGGAGGAUCUUAGAGAUACAGUGACAGACAGGCCAGCUGAGAUUGUGAGUGACAUAACAGUUGGGAUUUGCAAGCCAACACAUGCAAUUCCUUUUGGAAGUGGACUGUUCAGGUCAGGUGCAAGCAGUGAUAAUAGCAGUCAACAGAGAGAAGAAUCUGUGACUGAAGAAACAGGCCAUGUAUCACCAGAGGAAACAAGUGAUGAAGAGUCCAGUCCGAUACUUGAUUAUGCAGCAUCUGUCUAUCAAAAUGAAGCAUCUGUGCCAGAUGAACCAAGGGAUGCUGCUUUUGCAGUUGGUCCAAACCAACUGUCCAAAGUAAUGGAAGUUAAUGAUAUUGAUAGUGAUGUCAUUAGAAAACCUGCUGAAGAAAGCACACAGCAUCUUGAAGCAUAUCAGGAUGUUAGCACUCAGUGGCAAAGUGAAGGACAACAGGAAAACAAGUUAGUUUCAGCCCUUCAGCCCAUGUCACAAGAUGUACAGGCUUUAGACCAUGAGCAUCUUCCGUGUUGGGGAGCUGAGGGGCUAAUGCCUGAAAAAAGAGUUGAAGAAGUAAUAGGUGGUGACCUGAUGGAGCACAGCACAGAAAUAGCAGACCAACUAGCACCAGAUGCAGAUUAUGACAGAUCUUUCGGGGAACUGGAUUACUCUCUUUUGUCACAUGAAUUUGAUACCCAUCCUUUAUACUCAAUAAAAGAGGAAGAAUACAGUGACAUUGGUGAAGAUCUAGCUGAGCUCAUGGACUAUGAAAUGGUGAGCCAAAAUGAUGUUUUUCAGGCAGAAACAUCCUCAGAAGCAGCCUGCGAAGAACUGCUGUUUGAUGACAGAAAAUCCUUAGACCACAUUAGUGAUAGUUAUGAAUUUGUGAAUGAACAAGAGGCAAGCAUAUAUACAGAAGAAGAGGCAUUGGAGUUGAUAGAGCAUGAUAAGCUACCUAGAAAUGUUCCAGAAAGUGAGAUCUUUCAGAAGGAAACAGAGCAGGCACAACUGGAUGCUUACUGCUACCAAUGUAAAUGUCCCAUCUCUGCUGAAGACAAGCUUUUUGAGGAGCAUAAGGGACACGACGUGACAGACUUGGAUACAGCUGUAAAAGUUUUAAAGAGUCAGUUGGAUGGAUUCCAAGACGUUUUGCAAGAAAAAUCUAUCAAGAUUGAAGAGUUUGUCAGUGAAAUAGAAGCUCUGUUUAAUUCUCUUGAGGAAAACUGCAAGGAAAAGGAGCAGCUUUUGGAAGAACAAAAUGAAAGCAUUGUCAAGAUGGUGAUAGAUCACCAUGAGAGAAAGGCACAGAGCUUUGAGGGAAUAAAGAACACAAAAAUGGAGUACCUUUAUGAACAGAUGGUUAAUUUUCAAGAAUAUAUUGACACAGCAAAGGAGACACUGGAGACUAUAAUCAAGGAGGCAGAAGGAAUGGAUGAUUUUGUUUUCCUGCAGUCAUCAGAAGAGAUAAACAAAAGACUGCUUUCUGCAGUGGAGAAUAUUCUGACAUUGGAAAAGAUGCCUGAUGCAUUUUCACAGUUUGAACAUUAUGCGGGUGGUUCAGCAAAUGGUGACCAGACCUUAAAACACAUGCCUGUCCCACAGACUCCAAAAUUACGACCUCAAGAACCCAACUCAGCCACAAGUACAUCCAUUGCAGUAUACUGGACUGUGGAUGAAGAUGCGAUUAUUGACUUCUUCCAAGUUUAUUGUAUGGAGGACUAUCCAGGAAACAAAGAACAAAGCGGAUUGGUAGAAGAGUACCGAGUUACUGUGAAGGAGAGCAACUGCAUUUUGGAGGACCUAGAACCUGGUCACAGCUACAGUGUGUGGGUUAUGGCUGUGAACUAUGCAGGAUGUAGCUUUCCUAGUGAUAAAUCCACUUUUAAAACUGCACCUCCAACUCCAGUAAUGAAGGCUGAGGAAUGCACCGUUUGUUGGGACACUGCCACCAUUCGAUGGAGCACCAGCAACCCGGAAGCAACAGACUCUUUCACACUCGAGUACUGCAGACAGUACUCCCCUGAAGGAGAAGGUCUCAGAUCCCUAGCUGGUAUUAAAAGACCAGAAAUGAAAAUUCACCUAGAAUCGAAUGUAAACUAUUUCGUCUACGUACGAGCAGUUAAUAUCUUCGGAACAAGUGAGCAGAGUGAGGCUGCUCUCAUCUCAACUAAAGGAACUAGAUUUCACAUAAUGAAAGAAACAGCUCACCCUGCAUUGCGUGUGUCACCAAACGGAACAAUGAUAUGCCUUCCUGAGGACGCAAAAUUCACCAGAAUCUCACCUGUACUGGGUGAGCUCCUGCCUGCUCGUGGGUGGCAUUACUGGGAAACCACUGUGAGUGGCUGUGAAGCUUACAGAGUUGGGAUCUGCUGUUCCUCUGUGCAACAAGACUGCGUCCUGGGCCAGAACAAUACUUCCUGGUGCUUUCAUUGUUCUAGCAAGUUAAGUUUUGUAUAUAAAGUCCUCCACAAUGGUGAGGUGAGUGAUGUCAUCGUGACAGAACAUCCCGCGCGUAUCGGCAUUCUGCUGGACUAUAACACUGGAAGACUCUUAUUUUUUAAUGCAGAACGAGGGCAAGUGCUGUCAACCCUCAGGCACAAAUUCACCGAUGCUGUUCACCCAGCCUUCAUGUUGAAGCAACCAGGAGUACUUAACCUGCAUACAGGCAUGGAGCUACCGGAGUUUGUGAAGCAAAGUUGAUGUUUCUGUGCAAACACCUUGCAAGACCAAAAGAAGGAGAAGCUGAUGACAAUGCUUAAGAUGCUCUUCUUUUAACUUUCUAACCAUGUUCGUAUUCAGUGGCCAUGAUCUAGAUAAAUGCUUUGAGACCUCAAA